AUUUUUCUUGUGGUGAAUGUAAAUAUGUGAAAUUUCUUUAUUGUUGUGAUAAAGUUUGCAUUUUUAUCAAGAAUUUUCUUGGGGUUAAUGUGAAUAUGUGGAAUUUGUUUAUAUAUUUGUGUUAAAGUUUGCAUUUUCCCCCUUUGUUACCUAGAUGAUGAUUUUAAGGAAUUUUUAAAAUUGUGGUGCACAUUAUCAAGAAUUUUCUUGUGGUGAAUGUUAAUAUGUUUAUAUAUUUGUGUUAAAGUUUGCACCUUUUUUCCCUUUGUUUGAUAAAAUGAAGGACUUGUAAUGUAUGUGGCGGAGCUAGGAUUUUUAGUUUAUUGGUUUUGAACCAUAAUCCUUCUUGUUUAAUGGGCUAUGGAUAGAUUACUUAUAUGAAAUAAAAAAAUUAACAUAAAUACGAAGUUUGGGCCAAAGCCAUUAGCUAAAAUGGUACCUCCGCCCCCGUGUAUAUGUGCUUAUUGAGAAUACCAGGAUGAUAAGUUUAUGGAAUGAAGAUAUAUAUUACUGAGAACAAUUCUCUUGUUGAGAAUGUCAUGGGAAAUUUCUUAAUAUCUUUUAGAGUUGGCAUUUUUUUAAUUUUGUCUGACAAAUGAAUGAGUUCUAGUGUAUGUGUAUGCACAGGUUGAGAAUACCCACAUGGUGCUUUUAUUAAAUUUGUGAAAUUUCUUCAUGUUUGUGUUAAAGUUUGAUUUUUUUUUUUUCAUCUGUUCUGUGAAUUAAAGGACUUCAAUGCAUCUAACCGCACAUAUUGAGUAUAGUGAUUUUGUUGAACUAAUAAGGAUUUUAAUGAGGACUCUUCAAUUUUCUUCAGAAUUCUCGAGUGUCCCAUUUAUGUUAUACAUCGAUUAAGCAUUCAUCAGUUAUGAAUGGAGUUCUCCACGUUAUGCGGAGGAACUUUCUAAUUUUUUUUUUUCGUUUUCUCGAUUUCUACUUUAUUCUAGUGUUCUUUGCUCUUGGGAGAUACUAAUAGGAGUAUCAUGCGAUAUUAAUCUCCCGUUUGCCCGUCCUCAAAACAACAUUUGGUCAUUCAUUGGACUGAGUUUUUGAAAAAUAUUUUGAAGAUGAGUUUCAAGUUUGAAAAAGUGGUUUUAACCAGUUUUUCAAGUGGAUUUUUUUUUCCUCUCACAAAAGUUCAACCCCUUUUCAAGUUAAAUGCAUGUCCAAACACAAUUCAAAUUUUCAAAUUUCAUUUCUCAACUUUUUUUCGAAUAUUACAUUUCUUAUGUCUAAAUGCCUACCAAAUCAAAUGAUACAUGGGAUGUUAUUGCAUAUGUUAGGUUCUAAGAAUGGGCGACGAGCUUAAUAAAGCAGAAAAUAAUGUCAUAUCAGCUGCAGCAUUUGUGGAAGGAGGAAUUCAAGAGGCCUGUGAUGACGCCUGCAGCAUUUGUCUGGAGGCUUUCAGCGACAGCGAUCCUUCCACGUUAACAAGCUGCAAGCACGAGUUUCACCUCCAGUGCAUCCUAGAAUGGCAUCAGAGAAGUUCUAAUUGUCCAAUGUGUUGGCAGCCCCUAAGUCUGAAAGAUCCUACAAGUCAAGAAUUGCUUGAGGCUGUGGAACAAGAGAGGAAUAUUAGGUUUAAUCCGGCAAGAAAUGCUACAGUAUUCCGUCGUCCUACUCUGUUGACCACCGGGAUGAGCGAGUCUGAACUCGAAGAGCGCAUUCUUCAGCAUUUGGCUGCUGCUGCAGCAAUGGGAAGGGGACACCAUAUUGGUCAACGAGAGGGCUCAAGAUAUCGGUCAUCUUCCCAUGGCCGUCCACAAUUUUUAGUGUUUUCAACUCAUCCUGAUCCAUCUCCUGCUGCUGAAUCAGAUUCUGGCCGAGCUAUAGCUGAUCCUUCUCUUCCUAUUACUGCUGUCCACAGCGACACUGAUCAAAGUAAUCAACUUUCUGCAUCAUCGUCUCGAUAUGUUCGGCCCCAAACAGUCAUACAAGGAAUACCUGUUGGCGAUGGCUCUUCUAGUCCAUCUUUGGCAGAAAAUCAGGAUACAGCAGGACCAUCAGUCUUUCAGUCAUUAUCGGCAAUGUCAAUGAAGUACAGAGAAUCGAUCUCAAAGAGUACACGAGGGUGGAAGGAGAAAUUCUUUUCUCGAAGCACUUCUAUGGCAGAUAUUGGUUCCGAAGUUAGGAGAGAGGUUAAUGCUGGAAUUGCUAAUGUAUCUCGUAUGAUGGAACACCUCGAAACGCGAGAAGAUCGAACAGACAAUAACAUAGUGGAUCCUUCAAACACUGAUCAGAGACAUAAUGAUAAUGUGGUUACUCAUAACGGAAGCAGAUUGAACGGAAAUAAUUCUACGACUUUUUCUGCAAGUUCAGCUCGGAAUUAAGUCAUUAUUUAAUCAGUUGCAUGGCAUUUGUCCUCAUCGUUUCAUCUUUGAAAGUUUUUAGCUCAUCAUCUCCAAAUAUGAUAUGUGAGGACGACAACAGCAAUUAAGCCUCAAUCCCAAACUAGGGAUGAUGUACUAUAUUUUUCAUGCCGAAGAUAUGUUGUCGGAUCAGAACAAGGAAAUGAUAGCCAGUGAAAGAGAAUGUUCUUUUUCGACUACCUGUAAAAUUGUUUAUAGUGCGUAAACAUGAGUUGAAUGUUGAACAUUCCCUAAAAUUUGGCAUUUGGAGUUUGUGCUGGAUGUUCCCACUAUAUAUCAUUUGAAAGUUUGAUGAAAUUUCUGCAUUUGCAGCUUGAUAACCUUCUCUUUAUAAGAGAAAGGAAGCACAAAUAUGUAUAUUGAUUAUACAUUGAAUAUGUAAUGCUUUACGUAUUCUUCACUGUCA